UUCGAGUUGCUUCAGCAGCAGAAAUGAGCCACGCAGGAGGAAACUCACUUCAGUCUGAUGUUCUCACAGUCAGCCACCAGACCACAUGGAGGUCAGAGCUCUCUGCAUCACUCUGAUGAUGAUCUUGCUGCCGUUUGGUCAUAAAGUUGAUGCAGCUUCUCUUCAUAUCAAACCAAACAGACUGCAGUUCUUUGAGUACGAGUCGAUAACUUUCUACUGCCAGGUGGACUCUUAUGAAGACAUUACAUUUCAGCUGAAGGGGAAAACGCCUUCAUGUGGCAGCACAACUCAGAGAAACCAAACAGAAUCAUCCUGUCACCUGAACAAUGCCUAUGCUAGCGACAGUGGAGAGUACUGGUGUGAGGCUGGAGGGAAGAGAAGCAACAGCAUCAACGUCAUCAUAAAAGGACGAUGGAACGUCUCUGUGGUCCUGGAGAGUCCUGCUCUUCCAGUGAUGGAGGGAGAAGCUGUGACUCUGAGAUGCAGAAACAAGGUGAACUCCAGCUUGGCGGCUGAUUUCUACAAAGACGGACUCCAUGUCAGCAGCAGCUCCUCAGGAAAGAUGGACAUCCACAGAGUUUCCAAGUCUGAUGAAGGACUCUACAAAUGCAGCAUCUCAGGAGGUGUAGAAUCAGCAGAGAGUCGGCUGACUGUCAGAGCUCACACACAACGAGCAGAUCACAGCGAGUCUCGUCCCUCCUUGGACCACGGCUGCCACAUUUCCAACAUUUACCUCAUCUCCAGGACCGUGAUCACCGCUGUGAUGGUGGUUCUGCUGCUGCUGCUGGUCGGACUUCUUCACUGUGGGAAACUGGGAGCUGCAAAAAAUCCCUCUGAUCCUCCCAGAUGUGAAUGAAAGUGUGAUGAAGAAGAAGACGGAGUGAGAGAGUGUAAAUAGGUGAUAAUGAAUCAGGUAAUGAGACGUCUGGAGGCUGAUUCUCACAUUUCAUCCACCAUCAUGUCGUCUGCAUCUCUGUUUAUUUACAAGCUGUUUUUCUGAAGCAGCUGCUGUUAAACUCUGAACAAAUGAACAUCUUCUGGAGAAUUUUAUCUUCUGCUGUUUAUUUUCUUCCACUUCAAACUUUGACCACAACCUGGACAGACUUUCUGCAGAACCACAACAUCUCUGCUGCUGUUAAUAGACUCUGACUGUUUGUUUCCAUUUCUAUAAACCAGAUGAGAAAAUUCUACGUGAAUACAGACACACUGAUAAAAACAGACUCAUUAUCUCUGAUUUCCUGGUUUUAAUGGCAGUAAAAACAGCUGGACUGUUUAACUUGGUGUUAUUCUAAAUGAAGCCUGCAGGGGGCAGAGUAGGACUGAAAUCAGACACAAAGACACAAGAAAAAGAACAAAUCCAGAUGCUGAUCACAUAUUUAGCAGGUUUUCUCCACAUUUCUGUAAAUAUUUUCUCUCACUGAUAAUAAAUGAUGCUGGGAUGAGAUGUGAACUAAUAUUAAAACCAGGAGCAGUUUUCCAUGAAUUCUAGAUGGAACCAGAAGAACAACAAGCUGCCACUGCUGCACAUGGACUCACUUCUGAACUCUCACAUUCAUCAUUUCACUUUUUCUGGGCUUCUGUGGAGAAAUCAGUCCAGCAGAUCUUCCAGAAUGAACUAUUUGUUAGUGAAGUUGUUGCACGUCAUUAUAGCUGUGAAUUACAAGCAGCAGUUUGUGGAUAGUUUUUGGUCCCGUCAUGUUUUUCUUCACUGUGGUUCAUGUUUCAGUCUAAAGUCCUGCAGUUCUUUGGAAACAGAACAACAUGAAGGAGGAGAGAAUUCAGAAAUGUUGUCUGUGCAGAAUGAUAGUUAUGAUAUAAAAUCUUAAAAUAUCCAAAAAUGAAAGUUUAAUUCCUUUAUUUUCCAAAAAAUUGAAAAGAAAACUGGAACCAAACGUGCCGAGUUUUACCAACACGAGUGAAAAAGUGGUGACUCCACAUCCUGGACAUAUUUAACUUUUUACAUAUUGAAUGUCCAUAUUUCUGACAUUUAUAUGUCACAACUUUAAUCUCACAUUCAGUUCAUUUUCCCCACAGAUCACAUCACAUCACACAAGAUCAGCUCUUGGACUGUUUGAAAGUUGAUAAUUCAGUGCUUCAGUCUGUUUUCUACCAUUGUGUGGCUCUGAAAUGGUGACAUUUUGUUGGGUUUUAUUUCUACACUUCUUUAAAGUAUAACAUAUUUCUGACCUGCUGAGAGGUUUUUGAGUCUUGAUAGUAAAAAGCGUUUCUGUCUGCAGAACUGCUCAUGUUUAAACCUGCAUGUUUAAACCUUUGCCUCCCCCUUCUGGCAGUGACAGUAAUUACACCAACACUUCACUUUGUUGCACAUUUGAGGCAUUUUUGUAUCAGGGAGGAGUUUGUGUUUUUUUUCUUUCAUGUUUCUACUGAUGUUCCAGAAGUCUGUGUUGCCCUGAACAUGUUUAAAGUUCUAUUACAUGAGGUGAAUAGCUGUAAAACGCCCCCUACAGGUUAAAAGCGCAAACUGUUGCCUGCUCUGUGACUGAAUCUACUUCAUUGUCCUGACUUUUUCAAUUCAAUUCAAUUCAAUUCAAUUUUAUUUAUAUAGUGCCAAUUACAGUCAAAUUGUCUCGAGACGCUUUACAGAACCCAUAUGCCUGAACCCCCAGAGCAGCCCUAAGGAGACAGUGGCAGGAAAACACCCUUUUAACAGGGAAAAAACCUCGAGCAGAACCCGGCUCUAAUGUGGGGGGACCCAUCUGCUGCUGGCCGGGCGGGUUGAGAGGGACAGAAGAGGUAGAAAGGUAGAGAUAGAGGGGUAGAGGUAGAGAUAGAGGGAUACAGAUAGAGGGGUAGAGGUAGAGAGGUAGAGAUAGAGGGAUACAGAUAGAGGGGUAGAGAUAGAGAGGUGGGGGGGUGGGACACAAGGACCAUAAAACACAGCCACACAUCUGAAGCAUCCAGCAUCCAGCUCUGGGACCAGGGACACUCAGAGAAAGGACACAGAAAGAAACAGAGUGAAUGUAAUGCAAUAAUGGUAUAUAUAGUAAAUACAUAGGUAGUUAGAGAAGGGCUCAGUGCAUCAAGAGAGGUUCCCCAGCAGUCUAGGCCUAUAGCAGCAUAACUAGGGGCAAACUAAAGGGACGUCAAGAGGGGAAGUCAGUUGUGCAAAUGAAAACACCAGCUGACCCCGUCAGGGUCACCCAGUCAGCCCUAACUAUAAGCUUUGUCGAAAAGGAAGGUUUUAAGCCUGGUCUUAAAAAUAGAGAGGGUGUCCGCCUCCCGAACCCAAACUGGGAGCUGGUUCCACAGGAGAGGAGCUGAUAACUGAAGGCUCUGCCUCCCAUUCUACUUUUAGAGAUUCUAGGAACAACAAGUAAGCCUGCAGUCUGAGAGCGAAGAGUUCUGCUAGGAUAAUAUGGUAUUAUCAGGUCUUUAAGAUAUGAUGGAGAUUGGUUGUUAAGAGCUUUAUAUGUCAGAAGAAGGAUUUUGAAUUCUAUUCUAGAUUUAACAGGAAGCCAAUGAAGAGAAACCAGUAUAGGAGAAAUAUGAUCUCUCUUGCUAACUCCCGUCAGUACUCUGGCUGCAGCAUUUUGGAUCAGCUGUAGAUGUUUCAGAGAGCUAUUGGGACAACCUGAUAAUAAGGAAUUACAGUAGUCAAGCCUAGAAGUAACAAAUGCAUGGACUAGUUUUUCUGCAUC